GCUUUCUAAUUUCCUCCAUCCAAUUCACAAAUAUCCAUUCCCUUCAACAUCGCAUUUCUUCUUCACUCAUAGUAUAUCUUCCCUUUCUCUUAUCCCUCCUCACUCUUCAUUUUGUUCGAUCAUCAUGGCUUCUGCAGUAAGUGCUAUAGUCUCCCUCCCAUCUUCUAAAUCCGCUGCGAUUUCAACAAGAACAUCCCUCAUCACUCAAGAACGAGUCUCCUUCACAAAGGUGCCAUAUUACAAAAAUGUGUCAUCAAAUGUUAAGUCGCUAUCAAUUAGAGCUCAAGUUACAACAGAAGCUCCUGCUAAAGUAGAGAAAAUUUCAAAGAAACAAGAAGAAGGUGUAGUUACAAAUAAAUAUCGCCCAAAGGAACCUUACGUUGGUAGGUGUCUUCUCAACACCAAGAUCACCGGCGACGAUGCCCCUGGUGAAACUUGGCACAUGGUCUUCACCACCGAAGGUGAGAUCCCAUAUAAAGAAGGACAAUCCAUUGGUGUAAUUCCCGAUGGAAUUGACCCAAAGAAUGGAAAGCCACACAAAUUGAGAUUGUAUUCCAUUGCGAGUAGUGCUCUUGGUGACUUUGGAGACUCCAAAACUGUUUCAUUGUGUGUAAAAAGACUAGUCUACACCAAUGACGCAGGAGAAGAAGUUAAAGGAGUUUGCUCUAACUUCUUAUGCGACUUGAAGCCUGGAGCAGAGGUGCAAAUAACAGGUCCAGUUGGAAAAGAAAUGCUUAUGCCAAAAGAUCCUAAUGCAACUGUUAUAAUGCUUGCAACAGGAACUGGUAUUGCUCCAUUUCGAUCAUUUAUGUGGAAAAUGUUCUUUGAGAAACACGAAGACUAUAAAUUUAAUGGAUUGGCAUGGCUCUUUUUGGGAGUUCCCACAAGUAGUUCGUUGUUAUAUAAAGAGGAAUUUGAGAAAAUGAAGGAGAUGAAACCAGAUAACUUAAGAGUUGACUUUGCUGUGAGUAGAGAGCAAACUAAUGAGAAAGGUGAAAAGAUGUACAUUCAAACAAGAAUGGCUCAAUAUGAUAGAGAACUAUGGGAAUUACUCAAGAAAGACAACACCUUUGUGUAUAUGUGUGGGCUUAAGGGUAUGGAGAAGGGUAUUGAUGACAUUAUGGGUACAUUGGCUGCUGAAGAUGGGAUUGAUUGGGUAACAUACAAGAAGCACCCUCUCUUUGUAGAUAGCUUUGGAUGCUUAUUUCGAGUGCCCAGAAAGCAAGAAGUACAGAAGGAUAUGGAAGUAAUCAUGGCAUUAUGUGAGAGCACUUGACUUCACCAACGAAAAAAGUGUACUAAUGAUAACAAAUGGUUCUUCAUUUGCCACAAUUUAUAUGUUAUGGUGCAUGUGUUUUUAAUUCCAUUUGUAUCCAAGGUCAUUCUCUUACAUUAUAUUCAAGAUAGGGUCACUGGUUCGAGCCUUCUCUUCCA